UUACUACUAAGGGUUCAACUUUUAUCCCUCCAACACUAGGCUAAAUGAGACCAAAUUGGGAGCUCAAGAACUGCUGCAACCACGAGCAGGUGGUGUUUCUGGUCACUGUCAGUGUCUGCACUGUGGUGAUUCUCGCGCUUUGGAGAACAGUUCUACUCACACCUUUUAAGCUUAUUACAGUAUUUCUUCACGAGGCAAGCCAUGCAAUUGCUUGUAAACUUACAUGCGGUCAUGUAGAAGGAAUUCAAGUUCAUGCAGAUGAAGGUGGAACAACCCAAACACGUGGAGGCAUAUAUUUGCUGAUCUUACCAGCAGGAUAUCUUGGUUCAGCCUUCUGGGGCAUGAUCUUGAUACUUGCAUCAACAAAUCUUCUUACUGCAAGAAUAGCUGCUGGUUGUUUUAUUGCUGCUCUACUUGUUGUCCUCUUUGUUGCAAAAAAUUGGACUCUUCGAGGACUUUGUAUUGGGUUUAUCAUUUUCCUUGGUAUAAUAUGGGCUCUUCAAGAGACGACCAAAGUUCGAAUUUUACGGUACAUUAUCUUGUUCAUAGGUAUAAUGAACAGCCUGUUCUCGGUAUAUGAUAUUUAUGACGACCUGAUCUCUCGUAGAGUUCACUCCAGUGAUGCUGAAAAAUUUGCAGAAGUGUGUCCGUGCCCUUGUUCUGGAUUCGGAUGGGGCGUUAUUUGGGGUCUGAUAUCUUUCAUCUUUCUUUGUGUAGCCGUUUAUCUGGGUAUUGUGAUCUUGUCAUAAGCAGGGUUCUGCUCUGUAAAGCUGAUUCUCUUGCUAGAUUAAGGGCUGUGGCUUAAUGGCGAGCUACCUCACAGUGAUGUGCAAGCUUUGGAUCAUUUAGCAGCUCCACCGGGACUUGCCGUAUAACAAAAGUUGGCCAAAUACUUGGCGUGAAAUAUCACUUUCCAUACGCAUAAUAUGUGAUAGAAAGUUGUAUCAAGCAACCUGCAAAACUCACGAUGUUAGGUAAUUUAUUUGUUUUUGUGAUGGAGCUCCAGGGGCUAUAGAUAAGACAUUAAUUUAAUGCCCCCACGAGGGCUGAACUCCAGGGGCUCUUCUGUCACAUAUUCAUUCACAUUGGCCUAAACUUACCCCAACACUUGUAUUUUUUUCACAUGUACUAUAUCACACAGCUUUAUGAAUUUAAAGUUUGAAAUAAGAGAAAGAAA